AUGGACAGUACUACUAUGCCAACCCCCAAACAAGCUUGUUGGGUAGUUAGGAAAAUAUUCGAUGCAAGGAAAUGGUUUCCAAAUCUAGAUGUUGCAACUGCUCUGCAGAAUUGCUUUCAUAAAGGAAAGUUUAGCAUCAAGAGAGCCUAUAAAUCAUUCAUGCCCCAAUAUCCAAAGGUUCACUGGAAAAGCUUAGUCUUAGGGCCUCACUUAAUACCAAGACAUACUUUUAUUACUUGGUUAGCUGUGCAAGGCAGGUUAGCAACAGUUGAUAGGCUACAAAAGUGGGGAAUCCAGGUGCCCACUGACUGUGUUUUGUGUCAGACUUCAACUGUAGAGACCCUCUCACAUCUAUUUUUCAUCUAUCCAUACUCUAAACACAUAUGGCUAGCAUUACUUAACUGGAUAGGUGAAAUGAGACAACCACAAGCUUGGGAAGAGGAAGUGAAAUGGAUUGCAAAAAAGGCCACUGGAAACAGACCAAGAGCUGUAUCCUGA